AAUAAUUGAUGCGACCGUGGUCACAAGUCACUGGUAGGUCUACGUGGUGGUUGCAGAGGGGCUGGACAUUAGAUUGGACACUGCUGUUCCGUAGAAUACAGCCAGCUUGGUAGCCUUGUCAGCUGGAGAAGUGAAGCCGUUCGGGAAUUACUAGCACCCACAUCAAGUAAGAUACGAACAACUGACUGGAAAUUUGACGUGCAAAUACUCAAUAGCAUUACUGUGCUGGCAACGACGACGUCAUUAGCGGCAGGGUCAGGAUGUCGUCGGUGCGAGCCCUGUGUGAUGAGUUCUGGUCAUGGCGCAUGUCCGAAUACCCGGAGCUGGGCACGGCCGUUGGCCACCACGACAACGACCACCGGUGGGAUGACAUGUCGCAAGAGACUGUUGGCAAACGCAAGGAAUUUUGCCUUGGAUUUCUACCGCGGUUGAAGCAGGCAGCAGAAUCAGCCCAAACCAAGGCAGAGAAAGACCUUGGCUUGCUUCUUACAAGUGAGAUUGAAGUGUUCGUAGCUGGCCUGGUGCAUAAAACGUAUUUAUUCGCCAUAAACGGCAUGGAAGGCCCGCACAUCGACCACGUCCGCACAUUCUCCUGGAUGAAGUUUGAGACGGCAGCGGACUACGAGAAAGCUCUGUCGCGACUCGACUCGUUGCCAGCUAACCUGCAGCAAGUUGAAGCGCUGCUGACGACCAGCAUUGCGGAGAGUCGUCUACCCUCUGUUGUUUCAAUGAAGGGAAUAAUCGAUCAGAUUAAUGAGCUGACUAGUUCAGUUGACAGCAGUGGGUUUUAUAAGCCAUUCACAGCAGUUCCAUCCUCCAUCGAGGAAUCAGAUAGGCAGUCUCUGCAAGACCGGGCCCGGGCAACCAUCGAGACGGGUGUGUUCCCGGCAUUCAACCAGUUGGCUAAGUUCCUGGAAGAGGUGUACAUACCGGCCUGUCGCAAGGACACGAUUGGAUGCCAUGCGCUUCCUAAUGGUGCACAGCUCUAUCAAGAUAGCUUGUCUUUCCACACGUCAACGUCGCUGACAGCGCAGGAAGUGCACGAUAUUGGCCUGGCCGAGGUCAAGCGCAUCCGUACUAGCAUGGAGCAGGUACUCCAGGAGGUCAACUUUGCCGGGACAUUCCCAGAGUUCCUCAACCACCUGAGGACAAAUGACAAGUUCCACUUCAAAUCCAAGGAAGAGCUGAUUGAUUCUUACAAGGCCGCGUGUGCCAAGAUUCGUGUCCUGCUGCCCAAGAUCUUCAAGACAGUGCCCCAAGUUGAUUGCGAUAUUGUGCAAACACCUACAGGAGCUGACCGUGUAGCACCGGCUGCGUACUACCUGGCACCACCUGAGGACGGCAGUCGACCAGGAACGUUCUACCUUAACACGUAUAACAUUGAGACACGGGCAAAUUAUGAAAUGAUGGCUCUGUGUCUUCAUGAAUGUGAACCAGGACACCACUUCCAGACUGUAUUUGCCAUGCAACAAGAUGAGAUGCCGAGUUUUCGCCGCCACGUUGAAGAUUCGCACUACUAUCAGGCACCAGGGCGGUUUGCGCUGCACACCGCUUACAUGGAGGGAUGGGGUCUGUACUGUGAGUUCCUUGGACAUGAGCUCGGUCUCUAUGACGACCCGUACAUGAGAUUCGGCCGAUACUCGCUGGAGAUUCUCCGUGCGUGUCGUCUUGUUGUCGAUACUGGUAUGCAUGUUCUGGGCUGGUCACGGCAGCAGGCAAUUGAUUUCGUGUCGGAGAACUCGGCCCUGUCUCUGCACAACGUCACGACGGAGGUCGAUCGCUUCAUCACAUGGCCAGGCCAGGCCUGUGCGUACAAGAUAGGUGAGCUGGAGAUACAGAAGCUGCGCCGUGAGGCAGAGGAGAAAUUAGGCUCUAAGUUUGAUGUCCGGGAUUUUCACGAGGUGGUACUUGCAUGCGGCCCCGUCCCUCUGGAUUCUCUUCGGUCUGCCGUCGAGGACUACAUUGCAUCCAUGGCAAGCUAGAGCGUGCUUUACCAAGUACACGACUAUCACUUUGCAGUUCGACAAACUGAAUUCCAACUACUUAAGUACAAAUCUUGGGUAAUCGGCCAGUUCUGUGUGGCCUCAUCGCUACUAGUAUCCAGUAUCCACCUAUACUCUGUCCAUGAACCAUGAUAGUGGUGUUGUGUGACAAACUCACCGGAUAAUAGCGGAUUCCAUUUUCUUGCGAGGGCGACACGAAACGUGUGUCCACUGUGGACUUUAUGCUCACAAAUUCAAGCUACUGUUGUUGCAACAUGCUCGAUCUUUUACAAUAAUCGGCGCGCUGGUACAGUUAUGAUUUUUUAGUAUACCGAAUACAGGUGGCAUGAACACUCAUGUGUUUCUAUUUUUGAGGCUUGUUUCUAAUGAGACUGCACCAUGCGUGUAGUCUGGAAGCAGUCCAGUCUGUCUGUGAGUAUCAUCGUCCAGCCGAAUGGCUCACCCAUGCAUACGGAAUCCUACUUGAAGGCUAGGCUAGGAAAUCACCGUUAGUCUGGCAUGCAAUUGAGUUUGGACAAGAUUAAGAUUGUAAUCGCUUGGAUGAUUCCUGCUGCUUGCUGGCUUCACAGCAGGGAUGCGAUUUGUAAAACAUGUUACUACUCCCUGCUGCUUCA